ACCUUUCUGAGGUGAGCUGGAUCUGGCUGUUUAGGCUCCCCGCAGCUUUUGCUCUGUGUCAAGGCCAAGGAGAAGCAGCGUAAGUGUGCAGGACUUGGGUCUUGAUUAGGGAUUAUUGCACUGUUGGCCGUGGCUGGUGGGCAGGAGGAGAAGCUGAACUUGAUGCCUCCAUGGCUCAUUCCCAUCCUCUGCUGCUGACCCUGAAGGAAGCGUGUUCUGCAGCUGAGGCUCUGAAAUACUGGAGGACACCUCAUCUUCCUCAGGGACACGGGCAAGGGAGAGCUGGAGCCUCUGGGGGGCUCGGAAAGGAACUGCGGUUGGUGGUCGCCUGAGGAGCUUACCUUCACACCAAUGUUGCUCUGAAACAAGUUGCGUCCAACAUUCAGGUUUGGUAAGAUGCCUCAGGAACAGUACACGCACCGGAGCGCCAUGCAGACCUCGGAAGGACCCCAGGUAUACAAAGUGGGGAUUUAUGGCUGGAGGAAGAGAUGCCUCUAUUUCUUUGUGCUGCUCCUAAUGAUUUUAAUCCUGGUGAACCUUGCUAUGACCAUCUGGAUUCUGAAGGUUAUGAACUUCACAAUUGAUGGAAUGGGGAACCUGAGAAUCACGGAAAAGGGUCUGAAGCUUGAAGGAGAUUCAGAAUUCUUGAAACCUCUUUACGCCAAAGAAAUCCGGUCAAGACCAGGCAACCCACUGUACUUCCAGUCCGCCAGAAAUGUGACAGUGAACAUCCUCAAUGAGAAGACAAAAGUCCUCACUCGCCUUGUAACAGGUCCCCAAGCAGUGGAAGCACACAGCCAAAAAUUUGAGGUGAAAACCCUCUCUGGAAAAUUGCUGUUUUCUGCAGAUGACAACGAAGUGGUGGUUGGAGCAGAGAGACUGAGAGUUUUAGGAGCAGAAGGCACAGUGUUCCCUAAAUCUAUAGAAACUCCCAAUGUCAGGGCAGACCCCUUCAAGGAACUAAGGCUGGAGUCUCCCACGCGCGCGCUGGUGAUGGAGGCUCCGAAAGGCAUCGAGAUCAACGCCGAGGCCGGCAGCUUGAAAGCCACGUGCAGGACAGAGCUCAGGCUGGAAUCCAAAGAUGGAGAGAUAACGUUGAAUUCUGCAAAAAUCAAACUACCUAACUUGCCUCAAGGAUCUUCCUCUUCUGCAGGGUCCAGGCAAAAAAUCUACGAGCUCUGUGUGUGUCCCAAUGGGAGGUUAUUCCUGUCUCAGGCAGGCAGUAGCUCGACCUGCCAGAUAAAUACAAGCGUCUGCCUUUGAGAGACAAUUUGCAGUGGGGCAUCGCAGGCAGCACAAAAGCCAGUUCUGGUCUCACAGAUCUCAGCUGCCAACUAUUUUUACUAGAACACAGAAAGCCUAUCAAAGACUUUUUUUGUGUGUGCGCGCGCGUGUGUGUGAAUAUAUAUAUAAAAAUAUAUAUAUAAAAAAUAUAUAUAUCCUCUGUGUAAAAUGAUGUUUCAGUACAAGGAAUCCCAGGGUGACCCUGUUACAUUUGUGUAGCAUUUCUCUUUCCCCCACCAAAAUUUACUGGUACAAUCUGAUGAAUUGGAUCUGAUGCUCCCCUGGACCCUUCUGUAUUAAUGCAGUGUCAUGAUCACCCCUCGUUUUUGAUCAUGUUCUCAGAGCAAUGGGAUUGCUGGCUGGUCAAGACCCUGGAACCCAUGUAGACCCACCAACAUACAAAGGGAAGAGAAGCAUCUCUGAUUAUUUUUGCACCAUUAAAUCAGUGGCAUGGGAAAAAAAGUAAAUUAAAAACAAAACAACGAAAUAGCCAGAUGUGCUGUACUGAUCACCUGCAGUCAUCCAAGGUAUCCGAAGUUAAAAACACUCUUUAAUUAUCACCCAAAGCAUGGCUUCCUGUUGGGAGAGAUGGAUGCACUUGGCCAGUAGGAAAGUCCAGAUCUUGCUGGAAUAAUCCAUAUGAUUUUCUGAAGAGGUUCAACACUUGCCUGUGCAUGGCCAAGGAUGUCUUGUGCUAUUCAGAUGGGAUGCAUCAGCUCAAACACUGACAUAAAGUUCAUCCUUGUGCUAACAAAACUGCUGUUAUAUUUGGUCACUGGAAGAAAAAAAAUUGUGAAAGUUGGACUACACAGAAAAAUCCUGAACCUCCUCAUUUAACAGGUGUCCUGGAUGACCCUACACACGCUCCAUUAGCACCUUCAAUUCUGAACACAUCUGGCGCAAAGGUGUGAAGAUUUAAGAUUUGGACAUUGCCUAAAUACCUAUAGAAACAGAAAAAGUUACCUAUCCUACCCUUAGAAACUGAGAAAAUCAUACAAAUGAGGUGUAUAAUGCAGAUGCUAUGCCAGAAUUUUUUUCCAUCUUUCUUUUCAGGAUGUACAGUCCAAGGCCACUUAGAUUUGGUGGAGACUGCAAAUAUCAGAGAUGCUGACAAUGAAACAGACUUUUUUAGAGAAUUUAUAAAGAUUUUGACAAAGCCAGAUGACUAGAAAACAAGGGCUCUGGAUGCUGUUUCCUCUAGAAUUUGAUCCCCCAAAACUGUGAAUAUUUUCAUGUUUGCAUUUUUCGCUAUUUCAAAGUCUACGAGUCACUUACAGGCAGGAUAAAACAUGAAAUCUGAUCUGGUGACGUUCUUUCCACUGUUCAAAUUUCAGAAAAUAAUAAGAGCCCAGAUCAUUGAAUUCUGACCCAUAAUUGCAUCGACAAGCAUGUAAAAAUCUUUGAAAAACAAAUAUACUAAUUAUGGCGAGAGUUUCCAAGUUGCCGUAAAUCUCACGAGGACAGCAAGGUUUCUAAGACACUGAGAUGCUUUUGAAAUAUUACUUCAUGUGCAAAUAAGACAGAUCUGUGUCCAUACCUAGUGAUAUCUAACCAAAGCUGGUGUUCUUCAAGCAAUCUUCAGCAUAAAAUGCAGAUGACAGAAAUCUUUAGAAUUAAUUUAGCCCAUUCCUUUUUUAUAACUUUUCACAUAUUUUCUUGUGGUCUGGAGAGUACCAGGGUUUGAUUUAUUUAUUAUUUUUUAAAGAACAAUUCUGGCUUAACCCAAAACUGAUUGGACUCAAAGAGAAGAUUUCUAUGGAGUUUAGAUUAGAUAUGUUGUUGCCUAACAAAGCAGCACUCCCGUAAAAUUUACUCCCAAAAGAGGAUUGAAUAAUUUACUUUUAUCUUAGUAAUGCUUUCCAGUGAAUUAAUGAUUUCAAACUAUUUGUUAAUGAAUGAUUCCUGUAAUUAUUUUGUCUUGAGUCAACAUUUGAAUGCAAAGGGUCACCCAGGAUAACAAUUGUAUUGGGACACAGGACUAUACCAUCUCUGUUCAAAGAGGGGAAUUGUGCCUAUGCCUUAAGUCAAUGCACUCAGCAAGGAGAAGCACAUCAUAUUUAUCUUGUUAUUAAAACUAGUUUAUUUGGGGGGGAGGGACAGGAGGGUGUCUUGGGAACUGGUUGUGCAACUUAAAACAGAUACUGAUGAAAUACAUUAAGAUUGUAGGGGCACCUAGAAUGAUACAGACUUUUUUUUUUUUUUUUUUUUUUUUUUUACCAUGUUAAAUAUAGCAAAAUACUGUGUAUGUUACCUCUGGGACCACAACUGAAGUCCCAUUCAUAGUCCUACAUUUACUGUAGAAUUUUUUUCCCUGUUUCAUUCAUUACUGGUCACAAACCUCAUAGCAAGCAUGGCCCAAUUCAUAAACAAAUCCUAUGUGAGCAGUUGUGAAGACACGUGCUGCAGGAAGAGUUCCCUGUCCAGAAAAAAAGUAGCAUCGAUUUUCCCAUCCCUGAGGGUAUCCAUGCUGGUGAGGAAGGCAGGGCUGAGCACAGGGACUGACCCAGCAGGGAUGCUGCAUCCUGAUUUCUGUGCUCCAUUCCGGAGACACCACUGGCUCAGUCAUCAUCUCCAUGCACCCCCUGGCUGCUCUGAUGAGGCUUUACAUCCCAACAAAUGAAUUUUGAGUGACUGGUUUUCUCAGCUGGGGCUAUUGGAUGAGGUUAUCACUUUCUUGUAUCACAAAAGACAUGAAACUCCUAAGGACACUCAGCCAUCUAUUGUGGUACGAAUUUCUGCUGGGGAGUUGUUAGGAAAAGACCUGAACAUCAGUGCCAUCACUGCAGAUGCUUCUCUGAGGUGAACAAAGGGUACCUUAAUUGUGUCUACUCAAAGGAAUUCCAGUUGUUUCAAUAUAUUUUUAAAUCAUGUUUCCAUCUUAAAAAACGUAAAAUUAUAUUUUACAUUGGAAGAUGAGGAGUUGUUGCUAGAAAGAUUGAACCCCUGUAGAGACUUGUAGAUCAUUUGAACCCUCAUUGAAUGAGUGAAUCAUUUGAGUUUUAGGACUGUGGUUUGGGUGAUGCUGCCUGUGCUUGGG